ACUCGAAAGGACCUGCAAGCUGAGGUGACCCACUUUCUCUCUUCAUCAGAAUUUACCCCACUAGCCGCAGCUAUUCAACGCCAUGCAGCACCCCUGGCCUGCUCAAGUCUCGGGAAGCAAGACGGUUAGAGUCCAAGGCCAUUGGCUCGUAGCAUGAACUCAACGUCUAAACAUGUAGUGGGUUUUCGAAUUUGAUCCUCACCGAGAGAAAUUAAUGUGGUGUGUAAUGCACGAAAACUAUUUACAAGUGGCAAGCGAGACACAAAUGAAACCUAAGCACUUGCAUUGACUAGGACUCGUGGACUUGUAUGGGCUAGUUCUGCAAGUUUAUCACAACACUAACUCGCAAUUAGUUGAAAGAAGCUUAAGUUAACAUCGGAUUUGGCCAUUCCGUCCUUAUAUUAGAGGCUACUUUCAAUGCUUUACGCGAGUGUUCAGGCUUAAACUACACCUUCACAUGUCCAUGCAGCUCACGUUUUAAACCAUUGUUGUCGCUCGUUGAUGGUGAACAGUCUUCACAGCUAACUUCCGGUGAAUUCAUCGAGUUUGUCGGGACAGAAUUUCUUGUAAUUCUUACAGGUCUCAUUUAGUGUUGUGAGUUCAGAAACUGGUGGUUCGCUGUAACGUCAGUAGAACCUCCCAAGAUUUGCAGGACAAAUAUGUGCACAGUUAAACUCAUCUCAAAUUCAUGCAAUGCGCAUUCCCCUCAGUCCUAGCGUCAGACCUUGAAGAGAAUCUGGCAGAGCCAUGCAUAACCAAUACAAAUAAAAUAAAAAAAAGUUAUCAGUUCGACGUGGUAGAAGAGAGGCCGAAUUCUUCAACCUGCUCGCUGUGGCUUGCGUCGACAAACUGUUAGUUCAGAUGAGUACCAGAGUUAAGAAGUGCAGCAGUGCGCCAAUAUUUUGAAAAGAGAGAUUGAAACGCAUGUCUGAGAACAUACCACUGGAGUAGACUUCAUCAGUUGGUGCUCUUAAAACACUGUUGGAUAACACCACAUUGCUCUUACAAGGUGGAGAAGAUGUACGCUAUGGCUCCGCAUCAUCAAGCGCUAGUGAUCACGUUGGCAGGAGUAUUACUUCAUUACUCUCCGUGUUUGAUCUCAGUGAGUGCGCAACCACUUCCCCAGCCCGCUGAACCUCUGUUUCCAGCGUUUUUCAUUUUCGGGGAUUCCUUGGUGGACUGUGGCAACAACAACUACAUAACUUUGACCCUGGCCAAAGCCAAUAUUCCUCCCAAUGGUAUUGACUUCCCAACACACCGCGCCACCGGCCGGUUUUGCAAUGGCAAAACUUCCCAUGACGUUUUGGCUGACUACAUUGGGCUCCCAUAUCCUCCGCCGGCUGUUGCACCUGCAAGCCGUGGCUUCGCUAUUCUAAGGGGGUUGAAUUAUGGAUCGGGUGCUGGAGGCAUUCUCGAUGAAACUGGCGCUAAUUAUAUUGAUCGGCUGUCCAUGAAUGAGCAAAUUUCACUCUUCCAGCAAACGGUAAAUCAACUGAAUGCCAUGUUGGGUCCAUCUGCCGCCACCGAUUUACUCCGUAACUCAUUGUUUACGUCCGUCAUGGGCAGCAACGAUUACGUCAACAACUACCUACUCACAAGCAACAAUUCCACAAGGAAUCAGUACACUCCAUCUCAGUAUGUUCAGCUUCUCGUGUCAACCUACAGGACCCAACUCACGACGAUUUACAACUUAGGAGCCAGGAAGUUCGUGGUGUUUAACGUGGGUCCUCUGGGAUGCAUCCCCUCACGCCUGGCACUAGGUAGCAUAGACGGUUCAUGCGUGGCAGCUGACAAUGAGCUGGUUGUGAGCUUCAACACGGCCUUGAAGCCUCUCACUCUGGAGCUCACCCGAACACUGCCAGAGUCUAUUUUCUUGUAUGGAAACUCCUAUGAUGCAGUUUAUGAUCUCAUCCUCGAUCCUUUUCCUGCAGGUUUCAAUGUGGUUAACGAAGGCUGUUGUGGAGGGGGAGAGUACAAUGGGCAACUACCUUGUUUGCCCGUGGUGGACCAGCUCUGUUCUAACCGAGAUGAGUACGUGUUUUGGGAUGCAUUUCACCCAACUCAAGCUGUCAACGAGGUGCUGGGGUUUCGGUCGUUCGGAGGGCCUAUAUCGGACAUUUCUCCUAUGAACGUACAACAGCUUUCUCGGCUUCGGCUUUGAAACAUCAUCGGCCAUCCAAUUGGUUUCUCGAUGCAAUGUCUCAACAUAAGUUUAUGACACAUUUAGCGAUCUAUUGUACUCACGUGAAAGAAUAACACCGAUUAUGGUUCAAUGUUAAGUGGUUCUGUAUUUGUCUUAGCUGAUGCAUUCGUAUGUGCUGGAGACCAAGCAGAACUUUACUGCAGGUCAGUCACGAAGUCAAUCAUCGUUUGCGAAUCCUCUCACUUAAGAUAACUACUCUACUAUUUCAAAAACCAA